AUGAUGCGCUUCUUCGCCGUCGCCGUCGCGGCCGAGGCCGUCACGUUCGCGCCCGCAUCAACGACACAACGCUACGCGGCCCUCGACGCCGCCUUCUGGCGCGACGUCGACACGCAGGUCGGUCCCGACCCACCGCCGCGCUUCGCCCAGUUCUGCCGCCAGUUCCGCGACACCUGGAACGAUGACGUAAGAACAAUGGGCCCGGAGGACACGGAACUCGACGACGACAAAGCUAGGCCUUUACUCAUCGACGACCAGUACGUCGCGCGCCACGGCGGGCUCUUUCCCGGGUUAAGAACGACGCCGUGGUGGGACCCGUCCGAUUUCGCGUGGCUCGAUCCUCUCGUAAAGGCCGCACCAGACAUAUCAAAUGAACUCGCGAAUGCGCGCGGCGUCGACGCGAUCGUGGAACCCGGCGUCGGGGUGGAGGUCAAGUUCCCGGGCGACGCCGGGCGCUACGCGGCGACGAUCGUGGAGCGCGUCGAGGACGACGCGUUCGUCGUGCGCUACGACGACGGCGAAGAGGAGAUCGUCCAGAGGAGCUGCAUUUACGGAAAAGCGACGCCGUGGCUCCGCCGGGUCCAGGCGCGCAGCGCGCCGCCGCCGCUCCUCGAGGCGUGCGGCUUCGAGCACGUGAGCGUGGCGACGGCGCUGGCCGCGGCGGAGCCGUCGCGCUUCGCGAGGACGCGGGCGGCGUGGCGGGCCGCGCUCGACGCGGGCUUGUUUGAUGUGAUGCAGUGGCAGCGGCGCGUCUACGGGUCGCCGCGCCUCGUGGGCCUCUCGCGGCAGCGGCCCCGGAGCGUGCUGCCGGCGCAUUCGGAUCUGCGGAACUGGGUCCUGACGGCGCACGUGCCGCUGGCGACGCCGGCCGCGCCGCGCCCCGGGCCGCGGGCGCCGCCGCCGUCCCUCGCUUCCCAAAAAGCCCUCGCGCCGCGGCGCGCCCUCGCGCGCGCAGCGACGCGGGACGCCGACCGCGCCGCCUACGCGGCCAAGCUCUGGGGCGCGGGCGAGCGCGUUGGUAGUGGUGCCACUGGCAUGAUCGUCGCGGGCGAGGCGAGGCCAUGGACGGAGCCCCUCGUCUUCGACACGUCCUUCGUCCACAGCGCCUACAACGACGGCGACGCGCCGGCCGACUACCUGCACGUCGACUUCUUCCACCCGGACCUGACGGCGGCUGAGCGCCGCGCGCUGCGGGUCCUGCGCGACGGCCAGGCGCGGUGGCGCGCGGCGCGGGCGGCACUGCGCGCGGAGCUGACGCGAUGACGACGCGACGCGUAGACGGCGCCGCGACUAGGAAUCGUCGUCGGGCCUCAACGCGAGAUGGAUGUGCGAUGA